AUGUUUCCAUCAAGAGGUAUCAUUUCCAUACUUGCCAAGGCUCCCAGCGACGUUGUAAUUUUGUCCUCGUUGCGCACGCCAAUAUGCCGCGCGAAUCGAGGAUCCCUCAACAAUGCGUUCCCCGAAGAGCUUCUCGCCUCUGUGCUCAAAGCAACGAUCGACAGAGUACCCAACCUCGACCCGUCAAUCAUAGAAGAUGUUGCUGUUGGUGUAGUACUGUCUGAGCUUGGAGGCUCUAAAGCUGCACGCAUGGCUAUGAACCACGUUGGCUACCCAAACACCACGUCCCUCUAUACUAUCAAUCGGGCAUGCUCUUCUUCACUCCAAGCAAUCUCAUCCAUCGCUUCUCAGAUUCGAACAGGGAUAAUCUCCGCGGGAAUUGGAGCGGGAAUGGAAAGUAUGACGCGGAACUAUGGGAGCCGAGCUAUCCCAACUGACCUCUGGCCGACCCUCCGAGAGUCCCCGGUAAAAGAUGCCCUGGACUGUAUCCUUCCAAUGGGCAUUACCUCCGAAAACAUCGCUGAGCGAUACGGCAUCUCACGGGAGGAUCAAGAUAUUUUUGCAGUCAACAGUCACCUAAAGGCGGCAGAAGCACAAGUAUCUGGCUUUUUCUUGGAUGAGAUUGUCCCGGUUACGCAAAAGAUGCCUGAUGGGCUAGAAGAGGUUGUCGUCGAUACGGAUGAUGGCAUCCGACCUCAGGCAAGUUUGGAAGGCCUAGCAAAGUUGAAGCCGGCCUUCAGAGAGAACGGCACCUCCACUGCUGGUAAUUCAUCUCAAGUGUCAGACGGCGCUGCUGCAACGCUCCUCAUGAGACGCAGCACGGCAAAUGAACUUGGCCUGGGUGGCAACAUCAUGGGGAAGUUUGUUUCUGCAGUAACAGUAGGCUGUGCACCAGACGAGAUGGGUGUCGGGCCGGCGAUUGCGAUCCCAAAGCUACUGGACAGCACUUGCCUCACGAAGGAUGAUAUUCACAGAUGGGAAAUUAACGAGGCUUUUGCGAGCCAGGCAAUCUAUUGCCUAAGAAAACUAGAUCUCGAAAGGGCGUACCAGGAUAAUAAGGUCAACCCGGAUGGAGGUGCUAUUGCUCUAGGGCAUCCGCUGGGUGCUACAGGGGCAAGACUGGCCAGUACGCUACUACAUGGCUUGGGGCGGCCCGAUGGCGGUGAGCUGGGGAUUGUUAGUAUGUGUAUUGGAACUGGUAUGGGUAUGGCCGGAUUGUUCGUACGAGAAUGA